AGGCGAUGCCGGCCGGGGGCGGGCGGUGGGGGGGCUUCUGGGAGCGGCGGACCCGGCAGCUGCAGAGCCAAGUGCGGGCCAAAGAAGACAAGAUAGCAGAACUGGAAACGGAAAACGCUGUCCUUCUUCUGAAAUUGGCAGAGGAAGCCGCUCUUCUGGUGACUCGAGCGAUCUGUCAUCCCGGGAUCAGCCCCAGAACACCUGAACGAUGCCACCCAUAUCAUCCAUCUGCCUCACCAAAGAAAAACGUCUCUGGAAGAUGACUCCGCUCAGUUUUUCUUGCAGGUUUGUUCUCAGAAUUGAAAAGGAAGGGAGCACACAGGGAGAAUGCCCUUGGCACACACGGACUCAGGUUGUUCUUUUCUACCAUUUGCUGUUGCUACUUGGGGUAGGCUGAGAAGCGGCCGUGGAAAGAAAGCAGGCCUGAGUCCCUGGAAGCUUCUCAUCGGGACGUGAACCGACUGGGAAAAGGAUGUUUGCCCAUGUGACCAAAUUAAGACUCUUGGGAUGGGAGAGUGUCCUGGAUUAUCCUGGUGGGCUCUGAAUGCCCCCAUAGACGAGGAGGCAGAGGAGUUUCUACACAGGUCACGUGGGGAUGGAGGAAGGGAGCUUUCCAGAUGUGACCAUGUGUACAUGGGCAAUACAACCGCAGGCCAAGGAUUGCAAGCAGAGCCAGAGCCAGGAGGAGGCAGGAGGGGCCCUCCCCAGAAGCCUUCAGAGGGAGGCCCGACCACACCUUGGGUCUGGACUUCUGGCCUCCAGAACCACGAGAUGAGAAGUUUCUGUUGGAAGCCCUCAGUUUCCCGUAAUUUGUAACAGUGGAAAGAGGAAACCAUUGUGUUCUCAUCUUUAAAUUAUUACUCCUUUCGAAUUCUUGGAAUCUCAGCAGAAUCAGGGCCAAGUGGGGCUUCUACUCUUCUUGACUAUCCUUGAAUAACCCUGUUGAGUUUCAUUGGAAAAAAAAAAUGCAGUUGUACAAAAUUUGCAAAUUAAUUAAGGAAUAUUCAUACUACUUCUUAAAUGAAGUGAAUAUUUUCUGCAUUCGUUUUUAAGCUCGUUCUUUCCUGGGGUGUUGAGGCCUGGGUGUGCAUGCAUUAUCAUGCCCUUCCUAGGCACGGAAGACCAAGGCACACAGGCGGUAACACCAAGGUCCGGAGAGGUGAGAGACGUUCCCACAUUCACAAUGACAAAAAGCCACGGGACUGAGCAUCAAAUCUCAUCACCCAGUUCCAGGCCACAUUGUUCUCUGGAAGUGCACAGUGUAAUUCUACAGUAAUGAAAACAGCUGGAAAUAGUAACCUCGUCCAACCUAAGAGCCUAACAGCAUUUCGUGGCUUUACUGGAAGGGUCAAGACUCUUGGUCAACAAGAUCUCAAGGAACCCAAGGCGUCGUUGCUCCACAAUCACACUCCAGUCUCCAUCUUUGGCCAGGGAAACGGGUCCUUCCAUGGAGGAGGGACCCCAGACCCCUGCUGGUGAGUGCCUGAGUGUGCCUGAGAUGGCAGAGGUAAACCCCUCAGCAUCACAUUCCAGCAAAGCCUUCUCCAGCGGAACGUGGACGGCCCUGCUCAGGGUCCCUCAGCAUGAAUGGCUCUCCAGGAUGUCACAGCCUCUGCGGUGCCAGCAGCCUGUCAAGGAGUGGCUGUCUGUGUGGCCACAGACCCCUGAAGUGCAGGCCCAGCCUUCCCAUUUGGGUCUAGUCCAGAGCCUGGUACUGUUCACCACGUGCUGUUGGUGGGGGCACUGCCCAAGCCCAGCGACUUUUCUAGUGUCAUUUAGAUAAGCUUUUUAAAGGAUCUUUUUUAACAUGUAAGAUCAUUAGGCACACAGUGUGAAACGAAGCGGUGGAGCCCUGGCGUCUGCACUGUGAGCCCCUCCUGGUGGUUCCGGUCACUGGAAGGCCGAUCUCCACAUGGUGGCCCUGCCUGCUGCCUCCCCCAGGCCAGCAUGCCCCACUGCCACCAGAGCGUGGCCUUGGUGUGUGACGUGCUUGGCGUCACGGGCCCUGCAAUGAAAUGGCUUUUCCACUGGGACUCCCGGACGGGGACGCAGGUGGAGCAUUGUCCACCCCAUGCGCUUUGCAGAUCAGGUGGCUGCACCGGCCUCCUGGUCCUCCUGGCCCUCCCGGCCCUCCCAGCCUCUCACCCUCCCGGAGGCGGAGCUCCCUGCCUGCGACUCAUGCUCCUGCUUCCCGUGUCGCCCGCACCUAAGGUAAGUCCCGUGUCCCUUGCCCUACAGGUGGUGACUUUAUUUCCAUCCAACUCCAUUCCUCAGCACCCCCCAGCGCAAUCCGGCCUCCCUGUGCCCACGCAGGCUCGCUCCCCCGUCUUUCUGUUGCCCACGGUCAAAUCCCCCAAAGCUCAGGGCAGCCCCACGUUGAGCGCAGGCCAUCCUGGGGCCAUGGAUAUUCCUGUAAUUGCCGUUCCACACCUGGUGAGUCCCGGAGGCUCUGGAACCGUGGAUUUUCCCAGAAUUGCCGUUCCACGCCCGGUGAGUCCCGGAGGCUCUGGAACCGCGGACUUUCUCGGAAUUGCCGUUCCACACCUGGACGUUCUGCCUCCCCGCACCUGGCCGGGACCCUCAGGCUCAGCCCUGGGGGUGCCUCCCCGACGGCUCCUGUGGCUUCGUGCCCCGCGCACCCCCGGCUCACCUGGAGUUGUCCCCGCCGUGUUCUCUGCUACCUACAAGGGAAAGAUUGAAAAGAGUCGCAGUGAGGCCACGCGGAUUUCCACUCUGUACAACAAACAGCAGCGUCUGCAGAGAAACACACGCUCAGCCUUGAGCCAGUUGGAUCGUGUCAUUCAGAAACUUAACCAAGAUAUACAGGCGUUUCAUUCUUCUUCUCGGGCACUCCUAAGAGAUUAUCAGGAUGAGUAUCAGGACCGUGUUUCUGCGAUAGUGACCGCGGUGCAAAGAACACGGCAGAGCACUGAGACCCUGCUAGCGUGCCAGGCAAAGGUGGUGCACCUGGAGCAGGCCUUGCAGGACGUCAGUGCGCGUCAUCAGCAGGAGAAGCAGAGAAGGAAGGUCCUGCACAACAGCCUGGUGGAGCUGAAAGGAAAUAUCAGAGUUCACUGUCGGAUUCGUCCUUUGUUGCCUUUUGAUAGUGAAUCUGAUGAUCCAGUUUUGCAGAGCAGCUCCACCUCUAGAGAAGUGGCCCAUGCUGUUGAUGACGAAACAGUUCUGGUGAAAUGUGAUCGUCCUGGCCACCCUCUGAUUAAUAAGACGUAUCAUUUUGAAAGCUACCAAGGGCUGGCUGAGUGGUCCUGCUCCCAGGCUCUGCCCUCCUGCUCCUCGGAAGGACGUCAGUGCCCGAGGCCUCUUCCUCUCCCUAGCAGCAGACUGUGCUGCUUGAUAGGGUCACAUCUGGAGAAGGGCAGAGGGCUCCCCUCAAGCCUCAGCUGAGCACUGUCCAGCACAGGAGCGGGAAGAAGGACGAGGCCGGGAAAGAACCACUGGGGAGAAGCCUGGGAGACAGUCCGCAGAGCUCACACAGGCCUGGGAAUUGUGAGUGCUCCCGCCAGGGCAGAAAUACCUCGUGAUACGCGAGGCCUUGGGUCGAGCGAGAAGUUAGCCCUGGAAUGAAGGCUGCUGGUGCCACGUGGCAGAACUUAAACGCAAGCCUUGAGGAAUCAAGUUGUUUCCAAGUAACUGCUGGCAUCCCAUAAUAAAGCUGAAGAAAAAUUACUGGGAUAGGAGGGCCAAAACAUGGUGCACCCAAUUAGGAGUAAUUAGCAAAGUCUGACAUCAAAAAUUACCAGACAUGAUUCAAGGAAGUAGGAAAAUAUGAUCUCUAAUGAGAAAACUCAGACAACGGAAAUAGAGCGAGAAAUAAUACAAAUGAUAGUAAAGAAGGUGAAAACAGUUAUUAUAAAUCUGUGUGUUCAAGGAAGUAGAGGAAAAUGUAAACAUGUUGAGAAGAGAUAUGAAAAAUUAUUAAAAGACCCAAAUAAAACUUCUAGAGAUGAAAGAAAUACCAUCGAGGAGACACGAACGUACUGGUUGGGAUGCAGGAGAGAGACGGGUGAACUUGACACCGCAGCAACAGAAAGGACCAACGUGAAACUCCAGGAGACCCCAUAGCGAGUGGACAGAGUGGGCUCCGGGGAUGGCUGAGGCUGACGCAAGCCCCACAGUGUGAAUGAGCUUGAGGCCCCUGCACGGCACACUUGAAAUGGUGAAAAUGGGACUAGGCCUAUGUUUGAGUGCCCUGGACUUGCACAACCAUGGCACCUCCGUGUCCUGCCUCCUGUCUCCAGAGGGCAGAAACCCUGCUUGUAAGCCCUGUUGCUUCUGUCUGGAUUGGUUUCUCAGCCUGGGUGCUUGCAGUGUCAGUUCAAGCCUUCUACUCAGCCUUUUUCCACUCUUCAUUUCUUGCACCUAAAAAGUUUCCUUCUUUUUUUUUUUGAGAAAGAGUCUCGCUCUGUUGCCCAGGCUGGAGUACAGUGGUGUAAUCUCAGCUCACUG